GUGAGUUAAAGGAGCGGAUCAAGACGUUUUAGAAAAAAUAUACUGUGAUACUGGUCAGAUUAUAAUCACCGUAAUCGAUGGAAUGAACGAACCAAUUUUGAACCAAAUUCCUCAACCAAAGGAAACGGUUUGAAAAUAUAAUAUGAAUGAAACCAAUACAACCCAUAUAAAUAUACCAUCGGAUUUGGAGGAAAAAAUAUGGAAGUCUUUCGCUAUCAACAACUUUGUAGUAAUUGGACUAUACAUUCCAGUUUUAAUAGUAGCAGCAACAGCAAAUUUGCUAUUUAUUGCUAUUGUGAUUAAGCACAGAUACAUGAGACGAGCCAGUACCUAUUUGUUAAUCAAUUUGUCAAUAGCUGAUUUAUUGAUAACAUUGUUUGCUAUGCCAAGUGCAAUGUGGAAUGCAUACACUCCACUAUAUUCCCUUGGAAAGUUCGGAUGUAAAAUACUGAGUUAUAUAGAAUGUGUAUCAGUAUCAACUAGUAUAUUAACCAUUACGGCCAUGUCGUUGCACCGAUAUUUUGCCAUUACUAAACCGUUAUUUGGAUUGAUAUACCCUUCUUUCAACCGAUGCGGUACAAUUACUCUUAUUAUUUUUUUAUGGAUUCUUUCCAUGAUAAUUUUUUCACCAGUAUUAUGGGUCAAUCAACUAGAAGAGGAUGUUUUUCCUACUUUUUCCAAUGACAUAAUAGUAUAUUAUUGUAAGGAAGAUUGGAAGGAUUUCAUCAUUUCACGGAACGUGAUGGGAAUUUUAUGGUUUGUUUUUGUAUUCCUCAUACCAGGGUUAAUCAUGUUAUUUGCCUAUUUUACUAUGGGUAAAGUACUUUGCUGUGGUACACAAUUUUAUGAAGAUUCCACUUCUACGUAUCAGAGAGAAAGACUAAUACGGACAAGAAAAAAGGUAGCUUGCAUUCUUCUUUUAUUAGCUCUAAUGUUUGCAAUUUGCUGGAUGCCGCAUCAUAUUGCAAAUUUACUUAAUGAUACAGACGUCCAAGAAGGUGAUCUAAGCGACACGAAUCCUGAUGAAAAUGAUGUUCAAAAUAAGUUAAUAAAACUGAAGGACUUAAAACGAUAUUUACUUCUUCUGGGUCAUUUAAAUUCUGCUUUGAAUCCGAUCGUAUAUGUGGCGUUAUCAAAAAAAUUUAGAAAAUCAAUACAGGAGUUAUUCUGUAGAGGAACUUGUGAAAGUCAAAAAGAACUUACUCGGGUUACUAUUAUGAAACUUAAUACACUUCGCAACCCUUAUACGCAAGAUUCUAGAUCAACAACAACUCACGCUAAAAAAUUGGACGAAAGAGAUGCAAGCAAUGGUACUGCUCAUUAAAAACAUGUACAAAUUGUAUGUUAAUAUUUUUUGUGAUCAUAUUCUAAUUAGUUAUUGUUUAUGUUAAAUUGUAAUAUAAGAUAUAAAGUAUUUUU